GUGCAGCUUUGAACGUGCUAUGGCUUCAUCCUUGUCCAAAAGUGUGAACACAGUGUGAAGAGCAGUUGGGUUUUGACAUCCUCUGUUGUUCUGUUGUGAUGACAUUGCAGUAUUUGCAGGCAGUCAGGAGGCUGAGAGAUACAGCGAGUGCCUGAUGUGAGUGCAAUGACUGCACCGAUACUCAUAUAACAUGCUAUAUAAAUGACGCCUCAUCCAGUGUGUACUGUCUAUUUGCUUGCCAACAUAAUAUCCACAAUCCAUGCUGGUAUCAUGUGAUUUGAAUUUGGUAGUCAAGUAAAAAUGUUGUUCUUUGUCUGAAGCCAAAGGAUUUGAUUAACCCCAUUUUAAUCUGCUUUCCAUUGCCUCAACACGCCACGUGUCAAAGUUCACACCUUCAUGAAGCAAGAUUUGGUGGCAUUUGUUUUUUUUUUUUGUUUUUUAAAAUCCUUAAUCCUAUAAAGCUUGUUGGAAGCUGCUGUACUGAUUUAGAUGUAAAGGCGUGACAGUGUGGACACGGGGUGUUUACGAAUUUUAGUUUGGUUUCACAAGGCACACAAAGCAAUAAAUGAUUCGACUCUGGGGCAUGUAGGGAAGGGACAGGGAUGAAAACGUACUUGAAAAACACUUUCAUUCAUUGAUCAGAAAAAAGAAAUCACCUCAGCACGGAGAAAUGACGGCUAUAACACAAGAUCACAGCAUAUUAGAUUCACUUCCUGUAGUCGAUUCAGACUCUUUUCGUUUUUGUUAUGUCUGCCUUCCAUGACCCACGUCCUUUGUCUUCUAGCUUAACCAGUUUUCCUGGCGAAAACAGGCUUUUCUAACUGUUAAGCCGUUAGUUGCUCUGUAACGUUGGCCUGCCAGAACCUCCCUCGUGGGGCCCCUUGACGUUUACACUCAGACAUCCAGUCGCACAAUCUUUCCCACACACACACACAAACCGAAACACACUGCAGCCUAGAGCCGGCUCUGCAGCGCGGCUCAAACAGAGUGAGUGGAGUUUGGAUUGCCCCAUGUUUAGAGUACAGGAAGGGAAGAGCGCUGGGAGGUACCUCACUGUAACAUGAGUUAGAGUAUGUUGGAUUAGCACGUGCUAGGAGGCGAGAGACAAAGCGCUUUCUGUGCCUGCUCUAACAGGCUCUGCAGUCGCACCGGGCAUGACAGCUGGAACACAUGGGCUUCCAAGAGGACAAAGCAAUGCAGGCAGCCUUGCGAUGACAGAUUACCUCCCACCCCCCCAUUUCUGUUCUUCGGUCCUGCCGCUGCACUGUUUCCUCUGUCUUCCCUAAGGCUCCCAUCCUUUAACAAACAGGGCUGAAUUAAUCAGUGCUAUCUGCGCUAAGAGGAUCAAUAGCUUACGCUGUGCUGUUCAUGAGUGGAGCAGGCAGACUCCGUUCACUCUUGAUGCAUUUCUACCGCUUGAGGAUUGUCUGAGUGGGACCUGCCCUGUUGUUUUGCUCUAUGGCAUCCCAGCGCAUUGCAGGACAGCGUAAACGAAGGAACUUUGUGCCUCCGGAGGCUUCCUGGAUGCACAAGCAUGCAGCUUCCAGUCUAAAAUGACACCUUUCGUUUGGACGACAGCAGAAAGACAGCGUAUGGGAAUGAUGAAGGGCAGUGCUGGGACUUCACAAUGGGAUGAGUUUGACAUCUUUUCCGGGAGAAUUCUGUGCAAAAUAGCAAGAAAGUGAUGACUCCUUUAGCACGCUUUGGUUGCUGUUUGGACUCACUCUUACAUGGGUGUCCUAGCUGUUUUUCUUUUAGCAGCCCUUUUCUUUUUAUGACGGAUUUUACAUCCUUAAGUGUGGACAUGCUUAUUUUAUUGCCUUAUAACUCUGUUAUGGAGUUUAUUCAGGACUCUACUAUGGAUUAGAACAUGUGCUAACAAUCACUAUGUCUGUGAAAAGGAUUUAAGAGAAAGUAUGUAAGGAGUGGGAAUAAUGACAUUCUCUAGACCUGUUUGAGUUUUUUAAAAUUUUUUAUUUAUUUAUGCAAAAAGAGCUAUUUGCCUCGGCUUAAAUGAAGACUGGCUGUAUUUACACAGGACGGGACCAGAAAAUGAUGCACGUCAAUAAUUUCCCACUCAGGAGGCAUUCGUGGAUAUGUUUUGACGUGGACAAUGGCACGUCUUCAGGAAGGAGUCCCCUGGAUCCCAUGACCAGUCCAGGCUCUGGCCUCAUCAUCCAGGCCAACUUUCCACACAACCAGAGGAGGGAGUCCUUCCUCUACCGCUCGGACAGCGACUAUGACCUGUCGCCCAAGUCCAUGUCCCGCAACUCGUCCAUCGCCAGCGACAUGAAUAACCAUCUGCAGAGGCCAGGCCUGGUGUCUCGGCGCUCUGAGCCGGUUAUUAGUGGAACUCAUGGGGACGACCUGAUUGUAACGCCGUUUGCCCAGGUACUGGCUAGUUUGAGAACAGUACGGAACAAUUUUGCAGCAUUAACCAACUUGCAGCAAGAAAGAACCACAAAUAAGAGGGCCCCCAUGUGUAACCCACCUUCUCUCCCCAAAGCCUCCUUCACAGAGGAGGCCUACCAGAAGCUGGCCACCGAGACACUGGAGGAGCUUGACUGGUGCCUGGACCAGCUGGAGACGCUGCAGACCCGCCACUCUGUCAGCGAGAUGGCCUCCAACAAGUUCAAGAGGAUGUUGAACAGGGAGCUCACCCACCUGUCUGAGAUGAGCCGAUCUGGAAACCAGGUCUCGGAGUUCAUCUCCAACACCUUCUUAGACAAGCAACAUGACGUGGAGAUGCCCUCGCCUCAGACUCAGAAGGAGAAGGAGAAGAAAAAAAAGCCCAUGUCACAAAUAAGUGGUGUGAAGAAACUAAUGCACAGUACCAGCCUCACCAACUCUAACAUCCCUCGCUUUGGCGUCAAAACAGAUACAGAAGACUCCUUAGCCAAGGAACUGGAAGACGUAAACAAAUGGGGCCUUAAUGUUUUCAGAGUCACAGAGUUUUCUGGAAACAGGCCGUUAACAGUGAUGAUGAACACAAUCUUUCAGGAGAGAGACUUGCUCAAGACAUUUAAAAUUCCAUUAGACACUUUUAUAACCUACCUGAUGACCUUAGAAGACCAUUACCAUGCAGACGUGGCAUAUCAUAACAACAUUCAUGCUGCUGACGUAACGCAGUCCACACACGUGCUGCUCUCCACGCCUGCUUUAGAGGCUGUUUUCACGGACCUCGAAAUUCUUGCUGCCAUUUUUGCCAGUGCUAUUCAUGACGUUGAUCACCCGGGGGUCUCAAACCAGUUCCUCAUUAACACCAACUCUGAGUUGGCCCUCAUGUACAAUGACUCAUCAGUGCUGGAGAACCAUCAUCUGGCUGUAGGCUUCAAGCUGCUCCAGGAAGAGAACUGUGACAUCUUCCAGAACCUUACCAAAAAACAGAGACAAUCGCUGCGGAAGAUGGUGAUCGACAUCGUAUUAGCCACUGAUAUGUCUAAACACAUGAACCUACUGGCUGACUUGAAAACGAUGGUCGAGACAAAGAAAGUGACCAGUUCUGGAGUCCUGCUGUUGGAUAAUUAUUCAGACAGGAUACAAGUGCUACAGAACAUGGUGCACUGUGCAGACCUGAGUAACCCCACCAAACCACUGCAGCUGUACCGCCAAUGGACAGACCGCAUCAUGGAGGAGUUUUUCAGCCAGGGGGACCGCGAGAGGGAGCGUGGCAUGGAGAUCAGUCCCAUGUGUGACAAACACAAUGCCUCAGUGGAGAAAUCCCAGGUUGGCUUUAUCGAUUACAUUGUCCACCCUCUGUGGGAGACAUGGGCUGACCUGGUGCACCCGGAUGCUCAGGAUAUCCUGGACACGCUGGAGGACAACAGAGAGUGGUACCAGAGCACCAUCCCUCAGAGCCCUUCUCCUGCACCGGAGCAGAACGACGAGAGUGGAUCGACGAACACCACAGACAAGUUCCAGUUCGAGCUCACGCUGGAGGAGGACGGAGAAACCGACACAGAGAAGGACAGCGGCAGUCAGGCCGAGGAAGAAGAGGAGGAGGAAGAGGAGGAGGAGGACGACUCCAAAACGCUCUGCACGCAGAACUCUGAGUGUACUGAGAUCCUGCUGGAUGAGCAGGCAGAGGGAGAGGAGGAAGGCCAGGUGUGUGAGGAAGCUUCUGUAGAACCAAGUAUGGUAGAGGAAGAGGAAGAGGAAGGAGAGGAAGAGGAAGAGGAAGGAACGUAGCAGUGCAGGACACAUUCGUUCACUGCUAACCAUGUCUCAGUGAAAUGCACAGGCAGAGGGAAGGGUAAUAACGGCAGGAGGAGGAAAGUUCCAAAGCGUACCUUGCACUCCACAACCUCGGCCGCUGCUCUCUCCUGGACACACAAGGACACACACACUCUGGUACAUUGUCCUAUUUUGCACUCAGGAAUAACAUUUUAUUUUUCUUUGCUGUCUAAUUUGGCCCCACCCCCCACCCUGUGCUUCUUGGCCGUUGGGGUGUGUGUGUGUGUGUGUGUGUGUGUGUGUGUGUGUGUGUGUGCUCCCCCUGGCACAUGCUUGGAAGCUAAACCACUGUGCUUUCAUCCCCUUCAUGUGGGUAGCAGUAAGAAAGAUCUGAAAGUCUCACACAGCACAGAGCGGUGAAGAGAGAUGGACUGCAGCAGCUAUGGCCACGGGGGGAAACAGGAAAUUUAUUGGAAUGUGUUCUCCGGCUUUUUCUACAUUUAAGUCUUCCUGAAAACCUGACUAAACCCACACACACACACAGCUCAGUGCUGUCACGGCCUCUUUGUGUUUUUUGUUUGUUUGUUUGUAUGGUACAUAAAAUUGAGAUUCUUUUAACGAAUGCUCGUUUUCUUACAACAGCAACGAAAACUUCUAGUGAUGAGUAACUUGCAAGUAUGUGUUCAUGUUGGGCAGCGGGUUUAGUGCGCUACUUUAUAACUUCAUUCAACACUGCUGUGUCUGUUUCGUAAUCGCACGCAAUCUCUUCAGUGAAGUUUCAUUCCUAUUUUUUCCCCUUUCUUUCAUUUAGAUAAUAUAAUCUACUUAAACACUUACCUCUAGUGAGCCUCAGCCAGAAUAGUUUUUUUUUUCCAUUUGAUUUGUUUCUUUCUGACUUUUGCAGGUACGUUAUUUAUGAGUGGACGCACAUACACAUUUUAGAUAAACCUCAUUAUAUGAAAGCUACAUUACACACACGCACCUUGGCAGGAACGCAGAUGAGGCCAUUAGAUCAAACACGUUUCUGUUUCCUGUUACGCAAACAUUUAGACUGUUUUUUGCCAACAUCCUGUGUUCAGUUUGUCUUGCGUCAGAUCUCAUUUAGCAUUUACUUUUCUACGAGACAAGCAAUUUUUGAGACACAUGAACUGUACACUUUGGUGUGUUAGAAGCUCGGGCUUUUCUAACUGACCUGAAUCGUGCUCCUUAUGAGAUGCCUUUUACAUUUCACUCCACUGGAUCUCGUAUAAAACAUAGUACACAUCACGUGCGCGCACCAGGAAGUUUUCCAUUUGAAUAUACUGCCUAGAUUAAAGGACUAGCUAAAACCAUUGAAUAAAUUGUCAUUGAUCAUGUGAUCAUACACACAGUCUGUGCAUCAGCAGUUGUACCGUGUGCCACAAAUCGUCCAGUCUGAUCGAAAGCUUUCUUAGGGCUAGAACACAACUCGACCCUUACUCUUCAUGCCAAACCCACACUCGCGCACUGUUCUUGCACUAUAGGACUCUCAGCACUUAGCCAAGUGGCUCUUCAUUUCUCUAUAUUUAUACCUGUUUGUGGUUUUAUUUAUUGGUUCAUAUGUUUUAGUUGCUGUAUAUAUGAAGCAGUACUGUAGAACAUGAACUGUAGCAUAGACGGCAUGUUACUUGCAAGUUACUUUCUUUCUUUUCCCUCCACAUGGUGAGUGUGUACAUAGAACAAACAUUUUAAGGAGAAGAUUCUUCACCAAAACUUGAAUCCUGGCUUUUAAAUAGUAGUGAUUUUGUUAGACUUUUUUUUCUGUUUUGUGCCAUUUUUUUUUUUGCCUCACCAAAAUGACCUUACCUAUUAUGGGUUUUGUUUUGUCUCUGUUUACAGACAUGUAUUUAUUGCAUUGUGUAUAUAUUGUAAUGUUUAUUGUAAAUGAUAAGCGAUUCUUACUCUAUCAUCCCUAAUGGCGAUGGUGUUGCUGUAUUUAGUAAACUCUUGUUGAGAGAAUGUUUAUUAUAGCUAUUAUACAAUGUAAAGAUUCUGUAAAAAAAAACAAAACAAAACAAAAAAAAAACAAAACAAAACAAAAAAAAACAUGAAAAUGGAAGUAGUCAAACUUUGAGCUUGUUUAAUGGAGAACCAGGGGAAAGCCAAACAAUAUGAUGCCACUGGUGUUUGGCCCCAGGGCUGUGCCUUAACUUCAGCGUCUCUAGAUUUCUCUUUAUUCGUCCCUCUUUGUGGACAAGAGAGCAGUAGUGCACAUGGGGAAGUCUCGCCCGUUUUGCUACCUGAUUAUCAGAGUAAGUGCUACAUUGUAAAGCUAUGGUUCUGUAUGCUGCUGCAGUUUUUUUGCAUUGAGACUGGCACAAAAAGCAAACAUUCUUUGUUCAUUGCCCAGCUUUGAAUGCCACACGCAAUGCACCCCAAUGCAAUAGACACACACAUGUAGGAGAACGGCGGGCUUGCUGGCUGCAUAUAUCCACUCUUAAGUUGUAUGUUCAUGCUGUUCUGAAAUGUGUUCAGGUGCUGUGUGCUACCAUCGUCUCAUCCAGCCUUGUAGAUGUGCUGAUGCACUAAAGCAAAACCUUAGAAGUUUGUAUGUCAAGCCUUUUUUUUGGACACGCAUACUGUAGAUUAUAGCAGCCCUGGACCAAAGCCAGUCGUGGCUAUUACUAUUAUUAUUAUUAUUAUUACUUGUAUUUUUCAGUGUCAUUAAAAGGUACAUAAACUGGUACUUCAAAGUUUAAUUCAUUAGGUUACAUCUUUCAAUGACCUUAAACUUUUUACACUUCUUUCACUGGAUACAUUGUCGUUUGACAGAACUGUAGAACUGCUUCACUCAGUUUGAAGGACAUUUAAAACAAGAGGAAACGUUUUUAUAUGCAACAUUAAAAAAUGAAAUAAAAGCAUGAGUUCAUUAAGUGUUUGUGUCACUUUGUGUAUUUUAAGCAAGAACCUUGACUUACAGGAUUUCAGAGAUCUUGCAGGUUACUUUUGUAAGGUAAACCGAUGCUCUUCAUGCAGAGAUGAGAAAUGGC